UCUUCGCAGAAAGCGGGUGGAAAAAAAACAACUAACGCUUUUUCAACACAUGGCUGGUGAAAGCUGUGCUUGCUGAUAUUUUUCUUCUGAAAAGUUAACCUCACUGCGUUUUAAGUGUGUGUUCAUACUUCAUUCUGCUGCCAAAUGAAAGUCAAAGUCCUCUCGAGGAACCCGGACGAUUAUGUCCGGGAGACCAAACUAGAUAUUCAGCGCGUCCCUAGAAACUAUGACCCAACCCUACACCCGUUUGAGGUGAGCAGAGAGUACACCCGGGCUCUGAAUGCUACUAAGCUGGAGAGGGUGUUCGCCAAGCCUUUCCUGGCCUCCUUAGACGGGCAUAGAGAUGGGGUGAACUGCAUGGCCAAGCACACCAAGAGCCUCUCCACUCUGCUGUCUGGCUCCUGCGAUGGAGAGGUGAAAGUGUGGAAUCUGACCAAACACGAGUGCGUCCACACGCUCCAAGCGCAUGAAGGUUUUGUCCGAGGAAUGGCCGUCCGCUACUGUGGAACAUCCUUCUUCACGGUUGGUGAUGACAAAACAAUCAAACAGUGGAAAAUGGAGGCACCGGGGUACGGAGAAGAAGAGGAGCCGCUUAACACAAUUCUGGGCAAGACAGUCUUUACAGGGCUUGACCAUCACCAGAAGGAUGCUGUGUUUGCAACGUGCGGCCAGCAGGUGGACAUCUGGGACGAACAGAGGAGCAGCCCGAUCCGUUCUUUCAGCUGGGGUGUAGACAGUUUCAGCUCUGUCCGCUUUAACCCCGUGGAGACUGAACUUCUGGCAAGCUGCGCCUCUGACAGAAGUAUAGUGCUGUAUGACAUGAGAGAAUCAGCCCCACUUAAAAAGGUUAUCAUGACAAUGAGGAGCAACACAUUAUGCUGGAACCCUAUGGAAGCCUAUUACUUCACAUGUUCAAAUGAAGACUAUAACCUCUACACAUACGACAUGAGGUACCUGGACCGGCCAGUCACGGUGCACAUGGACCACGUGUCUGCAGUGCUGGAUGUUGACUAUUCUCCCACUGGGAGGGAGUUUGUAUCCGCCAGUUUUGACAAGACCAUCCGCAUCUUCCCCAAGGACGGUGGCCACAGUAGGGAAGUGUACCACACAAAACGCAUGCAGCACGUCAUCUGCAUAAAGUGGUCAGCAGAUAACAAGUACAUCCUGAGCGGUUCAGAUGAAAUGAAUAUCCGAUUGUGGAAAGCCAAUGCAGCUGAGAAACUAGGAGUGCUGGCCCCCAGAGAGAGAGAGGCCGCCAACUACAGUCAGAAGCUGAAGGAGAAGUUCCAGCACCACCCGCAGAUCCGACGCAUCGCUCAUCAUCGACAUCUGCCCAAGAGCAUCUACCACCAGACCAAGGAGCUGAGGGUUAUGAAGGAGGCUCGCCGUAGAAAGGAGAGAAAUGUCCGCAAACACAGCAGACCAGGAACUGUGCCGGUGGUGUCUGAGAAGGAGAAGCACGUUGUGACUGUGGUCAAAUAAACAGACGUGAAGAAGAGUGCGGAAGACCCAGGAGCUGCAUUAGAGAGGCAAGGUGGAGCCCAAGAUCACAACCUCAUGGGACAUGUUCAGACUGCUCUCACUUCACAAUAAAAAAACGCAGCAUUUGGGCAACUGUGGGAACAACUUUCAAGUGACACGUUACUUGAAGGUACAAGGACACAUACUGUAAAUGCAUAUUAACAACAAAUCAAAACGUUCACCUUCCAUUAUUAAAGAAAUAGUUUGAUGUUUUGGAAAAUACACUUCCUAAAAUGUUACACUAUUCCUUUAAAUCAAAGAUCUUUGUACAUUAACACAGUGCAGUUGUAAGAUUCCCUUUACACAGGCUCUGAUGUAAUACAAUUGUGAUACUAUACUGUCCAUGUCUGGCUUUGAGCAAGUAGGCAUUUUCCAUCACAGGAUCCACAACCAGCACAAUAAUUUGAGAAAUUUCAGCAGAUUAAAGUGUCCACUGUUUAAAGACUGUCGGUUUACUUGAUGCCUAUUUACACAAAUGCAAAAAUCAGCGUUCACCAUGGUUUAAUUCAAGACUAGUAUUUCCAUAAAUGAGGUUCAAUAAAUGUCACCAGAGAUGGUGUAAAGCUGUCAGUAAGCUUCAAAUGCACAAGGUCAUACGCUUUGUUGUCCAACCACAUCUGUGUAGCUGUUAUAAAUUCCAAACUCGAAGGUGAGUCAGAAAGCCUGAUGUCACAGCCUCCUCCUGGCUGGAUCCCCAGUCUUUCUCCAAGAACUCUGUUUUUUUUGCCUGUCUUCAUAAUUUAAAAGGGAGAAAAAUGUACAAAUGGGGCUAAUAAGGGCUGCGCACUUUGGAACAGUCUCUCCAUGAAGGCAUUCAUGAAUGCCUUCAAUUCAUAAAUACAAAAAGUGAUGGAAGUAACUGUCUAGAGAGAGUUCAAACCCUGCCUGAAGGUGGCCCUUCACUGCGUAAAGCUGCUGUUAUUGCAAGAUGUUUCUGCCCUGCGAUGUCAGAAAAGGGAUGCCAGAUGUUGUUGGAUAUUCCAAUGAGCAUUACUUUUGAAGCAUUGUGAGGCCUUGGAAAACUUUUAUUUAUCUGCAGUGGAAUUUUUUUAUUUUCUUCUUUCAGCCAUUGUACCGGACAUCAAAUCCUGAAGUUUGGAAAAUAACCGGCCUAAACGAGCGCAUGAGUGGGUGUCUUACAAACAAAAACAGCUAGUUAACAUUUCUUACGUCAGUUUUUCCCUUUUUUCUCCAGGUUUUGAAAUUCCUCAUGGGAUAGGUAACAUUUUUUUGUAGAGAACAUACUUCACUCAAAAUCUGUAUGUAUGUGAUUGACACACUGUCUGCUGAUGUGUAUUUAUAAUAAACCUCUAAACUAA